AUGAGUGAUGGCCAAGCCCUUCCGACGCAAUUCAAUCCAAUUCCGAGGGAUAUUUCUUUUAUUUCUCCGACUAUUUCGGCAUUGUCAUUACAAUCUGAACCGAAAAUAAAAGGUCGAUACCUUCAACAAUAUGGACCGUUUGGUGUACUUGUAGUACUGUUACUGGUCAUUUUAAUUAUCGUUGCAGUUAUUGUUUCUCGAACGUCGUCUUAUUCAGCAGCACCUAUUGCAAUAACACCAAUACAACAUGCUAACAAAUCAGUAGAGAAGAAUGAUUCAUUAGUAGCGUCAAUUGAGCUCGAGAAUAUGCUCGUUCAUCUUCGUCAAUUAACCAGUCGUGCAAUAGGAACAGUGGCAUUCAAUCGAACCAUGGAUUAUCUUACUGGACAACUGAACAAAGAAAGUAGUUUGACUGUUCAAAAAUAUUACUUCUCUGUGCCUCGCUCAGAACUUGCUGGUCGUCCAAUACUUAUGGCUUUACCGAACACAUCGAAUGCAUCGCUAUUCCAGUACCCCAGUGAUUUCGUUUCCAUGGAUCUUUCAAAAGAAGCACGCAACUGGUCAUUGCUCGAGGGGCGACCGUUGUCCGUUGUUUCUCGUCUAGGUUGUUUGAUAGAAGAUUGGAAUGCAAUUAAAGAAGGUGAUGUAGCUCUAGUUAGAAGAGGUAUUUGCACAUUUGUUGAAAAAGUUCUCUUUGGAAUGAGCAAACGUGCUAGUGCCGUACUGAUUUACAAUGAUGGAUUGACUAUGGAUCGUUUCGAACCAUUGAAUGGAACACGGGCACCGAGGAAUAAUACUAUACCAACCUUGUUUCUAUCGUACGGAGCAGGCAUGCGACUUAUUCUGGAAAAUAUCACUCGAGUUUACCUGAAAUUGGAAUAUCGAGAACUUUCACCUGCUAUUGUAACCAAUGUAUGUGCCGAUACAAAAUUAGGCAAUCCGAAUCACACUAUUGUUGUUGGUAGUCAUAGCGAUAGCGUUGCGGCAGGCCCUGGCUUGAAUGACAAUGGUAGUGGAUUUGCAGCAACAUUAGCAAUUGCACUGAAUUUAGCACGUUUAUUGACUUAUACAAACUAUGGGUUGACUAUGCAUUCUCGUAUAAAAUUCUGUUGGUGGGGCGGAGAAGAAGCCGGUUUAUUAGGUUCAAAAAAUUUCGUCAAACGAGCUAAAGCCGAUGGUUCACUUAGUGCAUAUUCUGUAAACCUGAAUUUUGAUAUGUUAGCAUCACCGAACUUUAUCUUUGGAGUUUAUGACGGUAAAACAGCUAAUAAUCAAACGACUCCAGUGCGUGCAUUACCUGGUAGUAACCGAAUUACGCGUCUAUUUACAGAAUAUUUUGAUCGAAAUCAUCUACCGUGGGACUAUACAGAAUUCAGUGGUCGAAGUGAUUAUGGUCCUUUCCUUGCUGAAGGUAUAGCAUGUGGCGGCCUAUUCUCAGGUGCGGAUGAUGUUAGAACUGAAGAGCAACGUGAUCGGUAUUCGAAUAUGUUAGGCCCGGCCUUUAAAGGAAUGGCUAAUGCCGACCUUGAUCCAUGCUAUCAUAGAAAAUGUGACACAUUGGAAAAUUUAAAUACUUUCGCUUACCUUCAUAUGGUUAAAGCAGCUGCUCAUGCAAUCGAAUAUCUAGGCGAAAGUGAAAAGAACAAAACAAUUCGCAUAAUGAAAGUAUUUCUUGCUGUUCUCCUUGCUAGUUUAGCUCUCGUUCAUGGUGCUAUACCACGUUCACGAUGUACUAUGCAGUUACGUGCUGGCGGCCUUUCAGCGAAUUACAACGAAAGUAUUGCUCACGCAAUUCAUUCAAUGACGGUUCAAGGUUUACAACUCUUUAAUCCACGUGCUACUGAAAAGAAUACAAUUCCAACAGUCAAUCACAACUUGCAUGACAAAAACGGACAAAAAGUUCUUAUGUAUGCACCAAACGACCAACUUCCAUCCGAUUACUUCGAUUUCACCAUGAAUAUGAUUGACAAAAUCCUCUCUAUGAUCGGCAAAUCCGAUGAUGGUCUUGGUGCUCACUGGUCAUCAACCGAACGAAUAGUCCACAAAUUUCAUAUGUGGGAUUUAUGGCUCCGUCUUCAAAAAGAAGUCCGUGAAUUGAAAACCAAACCAAGCGGAUCCAUCUGCAAAUGCGUUUUGGAUGUUGAAUCCAACGGUAUCUUUCAAGCUGUUCAAUGGAUCGCUGCCCAUUAUGAAUCAGGUACACCAAUUACUCUACUCGACCGUCCAAUUCCAAAAUUGACCGAUUCCGAAACAUGGGCCUUCUGGAAGAACGAUCUUCUUCACUACUACACACCAGAAGCUCUUCACGAUGCUGCCGUUUAUCUUCAUUGUGCAACCAAAGAUUUCUAA